AUGUUUGUUUUAAUUCAUUUCCAGAUGAGGCAUCAGCAUCGCACGCCCAUAUUGGCGGCGGCACUGUGGGUGUUUUUCACCCUCCUGCUCCCAACUGACACACAAUUAGCUAAUACAAUUAGCUCGUUCAUGAACUUUUUGCACGAAGGCUCUAAACAGCUCGACAACGAACCUCCUGAUCAGACCACUCUACUAUCCGAAUACGACUUCAUAAUCGUAGGAGCAGGCACUGCAGGGUGCGUUCUAGCAAAUAGACUAACAGAAAUUCCAGAAUGGAAAGUCCUACUUGUAGAAGCAGGACUUAAUGAAAACUUUGUGAUGGAUAUUCCUAUAUUGGCAAAUUAUCUGCAGUUCACUUCUGCUAAUUGGGGAUAUAAAACACAACCGUCAAACAAGUAUUGUGCGGGAUUUGACAAUCAACAAUGCAACUGGCCCCGUGGUAAGGUCAUGGGAGGCUCUAGUGUAUUAAACUACAUGAUUUACACGCGUGGAACUGAACAGGACUAUAACGGUUGGAAAGAUAUGGGCAAUGAAGGCUGGGGUUGGGAUAAUGUGCUCCCAUAUUUCAAAAAAGUUGAAAAUUUUAACAUACCUACUUUCAACAAUAAGGAUCAUCAUGGAUAUGAAGGAUAUCUCCAUGUUGAACAUGCCCCUUUUCGUACCAACAAAGGCAAAGCGUGGGUUAAGGCAGCCCAAGAAUUAGGAUUUAAAUACGGAGAUCAUAACGGACCUGACACGGCAGGAGUAUCUUUUCUUCAACUUUCAAUGAAAAAUGGAACUCGGCAUAGUGCAAGUAGAGCUUAUUUGCAUCCAGUGCAUGGUAUUGGACCUAAAAGUCAUUUAGAACAAAUGAGAAUCAAUGUCAUUAAAGAUUUACCAGUUGGUUAUAACCUAAUGGACCACAUCGCAGCCGGUGGAGUGCAAUUUUUAGUUCGUCACCAAAAUAUGAGUUUAUCGACGGAGUACCUAUUAAAUAACUUAGACUUAGUUUUUAAGUGGAUGCGAUCGCACAAAGGUCCGCUGUCUGUUCCUGGUGGAUGCGAGGCUUUAGUUUUUAUGGACCUAAAGGAUAAAUUUAAUUCUACUGGAUGGCCAGAUAUGGAAUUGCUUUUUAUAUCCGGUGGACUGAAUGCUGAUCCAUUAUUACGUCGGAACUUUGGUUUUGACGAACAAAUUUACUCCGACACCUAUGGGCCAUUGGGCAAAUCCGACGUAUUUAUGAUUUUCCCUAUGUUAAUGCGGCCAAAAUCUAAGGGAAGAGUCAUGCUACGAAAUAAAAACCCAAAAACGCAUCCGUCGCUAAUGGCAAAUUAUUUUGAAUAUCCUGAAGACUUGCAAAAGAUAGUAGAAGGAAUAAAAGUGUCUAUAGAGAUAGCGAGGCAGCCCGCAAUGCGAAAGAUUGGAACAAAGCUGUACGAUGUACCGAUUGAGGACUGUCUAAAAUACGGUCCGUUCGGCAGUGACGCAUACUUCGCGUGUCAAGCUCAGAUGUUUACUUUUACUAUAUAUCAUCAAAGCGGAACCUGUAAAAUGGGAAAGGAAGAAGACCCAACUACUGUCGUGAACUCAAGGUUAAAAGUGCACGGUAUAGAUGGUCUCAGAGUGAUAGACGCUAGCAUAAUGCCUGAAAUAGUUUCGGCUCAUACAAACGCUCCGGUUUACAUGAUAGCUGAAAAAGGUGCCGACAUGAUUAAAGAAGAUUGGGGGAAAUUAUGUUAG